AUGCAUCUUUCUAUAUCGCUGGCACUAGUUGGUCUAUCUACAACCCAACUAGUCUGCGCAUCACUCACCGACAGGGCUGCAUCUGACCUCCCGCCAUAUGUCUUGGAAUAUGCACCCUUGGUCUGGCUCCAUAGCCAGGAAACAUACAUGCCGAGCGAUAUCCAACAGCAGCUCGAUCACACCAGACCCAAUGUCAACUGGACAGCCCUCGAGGGAGUGGAGUCACCCCUAACCCUCAACAACCUCGACACGCUCAAUUCUAUGGGUAAUACAAGCGUCUAUCUAACCUCUCUAGAAGGCAUCGAAGCCGAUCCAGAACCAGCCUGGUUCCAAGGUAUCAGACCAGAUUCACAGGGGCGAACGGACAAUGGUACAGCGAGUAUCAUAGUUAUCGCGGAUCGAGGCAACGGAACCGUCGAUGCGUUUUACUUUUAUUUCUACGCAUUCAACAAAGGCGGUACAGUACUAGGUCUCGAGUUCGGCGACCAUAUCGGAGACUGGGAACAUAAUAUGAUCCGUUUCGUUAAUGGCUCACCGGACGCAAUAUGGUACAGCCAGCAUGCCAGUGGACAGGCGUUUACCUACGCCGCCGUUGAAAAGAAGGAUAAGCGGCCGUAUGUUUACUCUGCGAAAGGCACGCAUGCGAACUAUGCAAUCGAAGGACAACACGACCACACUAUCCCGGGCUUCAACCUCCCUACAGGGUUUCUGUUGGAUUAUACAGACCGCGGGGUGCUGUGGGAUCCUGUCCUCAACGGCUACACUUACGCCUACGACGAAAAAGCUGGGUUCCAGGCUGUGAACUCCGAAGAUCCGGUGGCGUGGUUGGAUUUCAAUGGGAAAUGGGGUGAUGACCAGCCGCCUAAUGAGCCCUCGGUCUUUGGUGAGGCUAAGAACGUUGCUGGGCCCAAUGGUCCUAAGUUCAAGGGGUUGGAUAGAGAGUUGGUGUGUCCUUCCAAGCCGUGCUUUGUGCUUCCGUUCAGGACUUUCUCUGUGGAUACGACUUCGUGA